AUGUCUCCGCUGUUGUCUGCGUUGUGUCUCCUGAUCCUGCACACUGGAGUGCAGAGCUUUGGAAUAUUACCUGGAGACUCUCUGAAUCACCAGGAAAUCACAGAGCGCGCCAUCUUAAAUGUCACAGUGUUGGUGUGCCAUGAUCUGGCAGCAGCUGAGGGGGCAGACUUCUCUUUUCCACCAUACACAGCAGAGAGUGUUGCCGUAGCAUGUGGCACACCAAAAUCCACUAAGAGUUUCCGCAGAGCCAUCACAUUCAUCACCUUGAUGAAUGUACGGGUGGACCUCCGGCAUGCUCUCAAUGCCAGCUUCCACUUUGAUGAAGAAAUGUUUGAUCAAGGCAGAGGCAUCAUCACUGCAGGGCUAGAUGCUGUCAAAGCAAGCAACGAGCAAGAACGCUAUGAGGCAGCGAGGCAGAAACUGGGAGAGAUCCUUCAUCCAAUACAAGACUUUUACAGUCACAGUGACUGGCUGGAGUUAGGGUUCAAAGUCCCGAACAGCAAUCUGCUCCGAUCAGAUACCAGCAUUGGUAACAUAGCAGAGGAAAGCAGACCAACGUGUCGCAACUGUGAUGGAGACGACUGCAAGAACAACAUCUUAGAGGACAUCAUACAGGAGAAGGUCCUGACCUCCGGAUACUUUGGUGUGGUACCUGGAUCUUCAACCAAACCUCCAGGAAAAUGCAGCCAUGGAGGAGCUGUCGAUCAAACCAGCACCAUUGAACCCAAAGGAGGAAUCAACAAAGACACUUUCAGUGCCAGCCAUGGACACCUUCAUACUCAGGCAGCAAACCUGGCCAUCGCUGCAACCAGUGAACUACUGCAGGAGAUUCGUAAGGCUGCAGGAGACAGACCCUUUCUACAGAUGUUGGGACUCACUAAAGGAUCCAAUAAAGAUCUUUGUUUUGUGGUCGACACUACCAAUAGCAUGAGUGAUGUCAUAGAUGCGGUGAACAACGUUACAUCUUUCAUUAUCAACAGUGAAGAGGGAACAGAGAACGAACCUGCAGCUUAUAUUCUGGUGCCUUUCAAUGAUCCAGAUGUUGGGCCUGUGAUAAGGACCACUGACCCAGGCAUCAUCCAGGCUGUGUUUGAGUCCCUGAUCAUUGGAGGCGGAGGAGAUGAAGGGGAGCUGAGUCUGUCAGGACUUGAGUUAGCUUUAAGAGCAGCUCCGUCAAAUUCAGAGAUCUUCCUCUUCACUGAUGCUCCUGCUAAAGACAAAGGCCUGAAAAACUCGAUAUUGACGCUCAUUGAACGGACACAGACUGUGGUAAACAUCAUGAUUUCUGGCACAACAUCGAACAAUCGUAGGAGACGGCGAGCAGCCGGUCAGUCAAAGAACAGCAGGAUCACAGAUGAAGACAUUCAGCUGUACAGAGAACUGUGUCAGGCUUCAGGAGGUCAGACUGUUGAAGUCACAAAGACUGAGCUCCCUGAGGCCGCCAGCAUCAUCUCAGACACUUUAAAUUCUUCUGUGGUGACACUUGUGCAAGCAGCCAGGAACCCAGGAAAGGAAGAUGUUUUCUCUUUCAUAAUUGAUGAGUCAAUAACAGACCUGACCGUUCACGUCACUGGCCGCUCCGUCACUUUUAUUCUCACCAGCCCCACAGGUGAGUCUCAGGAAAGCACAGAUGCAACAGGAUCACUGAUCACAUCAAGACGAUCAGUGGGAAACCUACAGAGUGUUAAGCUGAAAAAAGUAGAUGGAUUAUGGGAGGUGAGGAUGGUGUCAACUAAUCCCUACACCCUGAAGGUCAUAGGUCAGAGUCCCAUUGACUUUCUGUUUGACUUUGUGAAGAAAUCCCAGGGGCCGUUUGAAGGAUAUGAUUCUGUUAACACCCGUCUAAGAGCUGGUGUCAAUGGCAGCUUGUUGGUCUCUUUAACGGGGAGCAAUACAGCAACAGUGACAGAAGCUGUUCUGCUUGGCUCGUGGAGCUCUGAGGAGAUUGAAGGAAUUGUGGAACCACAAGGCAGUGGGAGCUUCCUGGUUCACUUCAGCAGGAUGCCAUCGGACGAGUUUGUGGUGCAGGUGAAGGGGCGAGAUGACAGUUUUGAAUCCAGAGCAUCGAUAUUCUUCCAAAGAGUGGUACCUACCACCUUUAAAACUUCCGAUCUGAUGAUUACUGCUGAUGCUGACAGCAUCAUUGUACCAACAGCACCAUUUGAGGUGCCCUUUUCUGUGAUGGCCCAUUCAAAAGGAGGAAACUUCACCAUCCGAGCAACCAACAGCCGACUUUUUGAUUCAACGUUUCCAACCAGUUUGGUCCUGACCACUGGAAUCCCUGUUAAUGGUACAGUGACCCUCACGGCACCUCGUACCACCCCAUCUGGCACCGAUGUCACCCUGAAUAUUGAGGCAGAGUCUCCAGAUAGACAAGACGUAAACUAUGUAAUGCUGCGUUUUACCGUCAUUAACCCGAUUACAGAUUUCAUCCAUCCAGAGUGUGUACUACUCAGCCGACAGUCCAACUGCUCUCAAAGUUGCCACCUGUCUGAGUGGACCAUCAAUGUUAGGGUGCAAGAUGGAGCUGAAGGCACGGGUGUCGACAGUGUUCGCCUCAGGGCAGGAAAUGGGACCCUAUACACCAACCCUGCUGCCAACAAUGAGAACAUAACCAUGGUGUUCUACAGAUCAUCGUGCUGUUCGCCUGAUAUGGAGCUGCAGGUGGAAGAUAAGAUUGGUAACACGGGAACUUGUUCCUUCUCAUUCAACAGCAAUCCAACAAAUGGUGCUACAUCCACAAAAGCCACAAAGUCAACUCUUCUUUGCUUGAGCAUGGUGGUAUUUUGGGUUUAUGUACUGACAUAA